ACUGUGGCUCUGUGUCCUUAUUAGACACGUCCGACUGUGGGGAUGUCUCGUUAUGUGCAUACCGGGGACACGGAGGCGCGAGAGCCGCUUCUCACCGGGGACUACCUGGAGACUCACGAGCCGAACUCAGACGAAGGUGAAAUUAUUUUCGAGAGGAUAACCUCAAACAUUACACAUGAUGCUGCCGCGGGUACACAGAGAAGACUAACUUAUGAGGAGGCAGUGGAGGAAGCAGGGUUUGGUGUGUUCCACUGGCUGCUGUUGGUUGUGUGUGGUUGGGCCAAUGCCAGCGACGCUGUGGAGAUCCUGUGUGUGUCUUUUCUCCUGCCAACAGCACGCUGCGAUCUAUCGUUGAGCUCCUCGGACAUGGGCCUGUUGACUGCCAGCAUUUUCCUCGGAAUGAUGGUGGGCGGCUAUCUGUGGGGAUACUUGGCGGACCAGAGGGGGCGUUGCAGGGUCUUGGUGGUAUCCCUGACCAUCAACGGGGUGUUUGGAGGUCUGGCCAGCUUGGCUCCGUGGUUCUGGCUCUUCCUGCUGAUGAGGUUCAUCAGCGGCAUCGGUGUCGGUGGGUCGAUCCCUGUGAUCUUCUCCUACUUCUCAGAGUUCAUGCCCCGUCUGAGGAGAGGUGCGAUGAUCAGCGCUCUGGCCACCUUCUGGAUGGCAGGAAACAUCCUGGCCGCAGGUCUGGCCUGGAUGGUUAUUCCAAGAACUUGGAUACAUUUCUCUCUGGGCUCUCUAAACCUUCAGAGCUGGAGAGUGUUUGUGAUGCUCUGCUCUGUCCCCAGCCUCACCUCAGCCCUUAUCUUCAGGCUGCUCAUGCCUGAGAGCCCCAAGUUCCUCAUGGAGGCUGGCCGAGAGAAAGAGGCGAUCCAUGUCUUUAAAGUGAUGUUUGAGUUGAACAUGCGGGGAAAAGGAAAAGAUUUUCCGAAAUUUGGUCUGUGUACAAGCUCCAAGCCAAGAGGGAAAACUGAUGAGACCAGAACUCGGGGUUCCCAAAGAGGGAGACUCGCCCACAUUUUGAUACAGGGCUUGGUGCCAGUCAAACAGAUGUUUAAAGGUCCACUCAGAUCCAGAAGCCUCGUUCUGCUCGUCAUCUUCUACUGCAUCUCUUUCGGAUUCUACGGGCUGUGGAUGUGGUUCCCAGAGCUGUUUGAGAGAAUGGAGAGCGGCGGCGGCUCGCCCUGUGCCAACGUUUCCCUGCCAUCUUCGCACUACAACCAAAGCUGCUACCCGGUCAAGACAGCAGUGUAUAUGGAGGGCUUUGUCAUUGCUGCGUCAAACUUACCGGGAAACAUCUUCACCAUUCUGAUGAUGGACCACACAGGAGGAAAAGCUCUACUGUCCGGCAGCCUGCUGUUGUCCAGUCUGACCGUCUUCCUCAUCUACGUGAUCCAGACCAAAGUCCAGAGUCUGGUCCUGUCGUGUGUCUUCAGCAGUGUGUCGGUGAUCACCUGGAAUGCCCUCGACGUGGUGGGAACAGAGCUCUACCCAACACAGCUACGGUCCUCUGCCCUCGGAUUCUUCACAGGCGUGGGCCGAGUGGCAGCAAUCACGGGUAACGUCGUCUUCGGAAAGUUGGUGGACACAAACUGCGCCGUGCCGGUCCUGAUGGUGUCGGCUCUGCUGCUGACUGGGGGACUGGUGGCUCUGCUGCUUCCACAAACCAAACAGACGGAGCUCACCUAGUGACUCAACAUCACUUCAUGUUAGAUUCAUAAAUUAUUAGAAAACAUACCUUAAUGUCUUUAUGGAAGCAGGCUGGAGGAUCGCUGGCUUUGUAUCUCCUGUUUCUGCUCCCAGAGGAUGUUUGAAUCCUGUGCCUUCUUUCGUCUCUCUGUGCCUUUUUACGGUGCCUCGUUUUAAAUGCCAACAAUAUAGAAAAUAUGUCAGAAGAGAGAUGGCUCUUGGCACCUUCCAAGGAUUGUUAUUCAGGAAAGUGAGCAUGGUGGAAAGUAAAUGUAGUUGUGCCAUUGUGUACAUUGUAAGCUUGUGAGGAAAAUAUCCUUCAGAACUGUCAAGGACGCCUUUUAAAAAGUGUAUUUCUAAAGCCAGCAAAAAUCUUUUCUGCUGAGUCAAAACAGUAGAACAUGCUGUUGAGUUUCUGGAUGAUAAUCAGUGAUUUGAGGAGAGGCUGAUGUGGCGCCACAUUAACUGAAGCGUCCUUGUUUCUGUCAUUAUGAACACAGACGGAUCACGAAGGAUGUUUGAGGCUUUUUAUUUAGGAUUUCUUUGACUUAAGAUAUACCACAUUCCACAUUUUGCUACAGGAUCUGUUUACUUUGUAGUUAACCAAGUAAAAGCCUUCAUAAAAUAUUAGCAAAUAUAAAGUAGUAUAAAAAAAGGAAAGCGCCCUUUUCUGUAUGUGUACAUCUGUGCAACGCAGGAUCAUUUUCACUGUGAAAGUGUCAUAAUGUAUCAGGGUGGAUUAUUUGUUGUUAUUGUCAAUUAAUCUUAAGAUUGUUUUCAUGAUUAGCUGACGAAUCAAAUUAAAAGUGACCUCUUCUUAUUGCUUUCCAUGUCCAUCUAACAUUCCGAAAAAAAGGCUCUUGUUGUAUCAUGAAUGUCAAAGGAAAGGAGAAAAUCCUCACAAAAUGUAUUUAGGAAAGCCUCCCUUUGUUGCAAUGUGGUCAUGUUAAACCUUAAAAACAAACUAAUGCAUUUCAGAGUUUGUUUUUAAGAUCAAUCAUGACCACACUGUGAUAAUAAAGGUAUUUAAAUUAUUUAAUGAGAGUGUCUCUGAGUUGUUUCUGUGAUUUUUGUGAUGAAAUCCUUAUAUUUAAGAAGAUUGAACCUGCAAAUUAUGACAUUAUUUUAAUUGGAAAAAUUAUCAAAAUAGUUUGCAACUUCUAUCAUCUUCUUCUACCCAUCUUGAUUUUUCCUGUACAAACGAGUACAGUUACAGUUCAUUACUUUAGAAGACCAAAGACUUCAAACUUCAGAUGACAAUCACUACAAUCCAGAAAAAGAACAGAUGAACUUCACAUCUGAGUCUAUAAAAGUUUGUUUAACACACGUUUCAAAACAUCUUGUGAGCACCUUUUUUUUUUUUUAAUAAACUCUACUUUUUAAUGACA